AUGUCCCCCCCAAAAAAACCAAAAAAAAAUUUACGUAAAUCUCAAAUAAUACGUUUUCGCGUAACUUCAGCAUGUCAAAAGUGUAAGGAGAAAAAAACUAAAUGCGAAGAGGAAGUUCCUUGCAAGAAUUGCCGGUCCCAUGGUUACGAGUGCAUUCCCGUGCAGGCCACGAAAAGAGGUCCGACUCCUAAAAAAAACAAAGACAGGAGCGGGCCAGAUGACCCUUCUUCGACUUCGAACUCCCCAAAGGUUCCUUCAGAAAUUUUUGGUGGUGGUGAUUGCAGUUCACAACCAUCCGAAAAUUUGGAAUUUUACAAGCUGUUCGAGCAGCUUAUUGAUAUGGAUGCGGGUGAAGGAGAAG